UCUAAAAAGAUACUGUAAUUACCUGUGUACUAGUACUGAUAUUUUUGCCUUGAGACCCACAAAGUGAGAUAAUAUUUAAUUUUUUUAGACAUAUUUUAACCUUUCACGUGUCUAUUCCACCAACCUAGUGGCUACCUUAUCUUUCUUCAACUUUCAAGACACAACCCCACCUUUUUUCAGAAACAAAAAACACCACACCACAUCACUUCUCUCUUUUUCUCUUGUACUACUACAUAUUCACAAUGAAUUACAACUUGGAUGAGUUCACCAUGAUACACACAUACACAACCUUUCUCUUCUUAAGCUCGUGAAAUAUUGAAAUUGUUUGCUACAAAUAUUUUCUUAUAUUCAAGCUUCUGGUUUCUUUUGAGAGUAGAUUAUAGUUUACAACUUUCUUGAAUUUCUUUGAUCUCGAAAAUUUAUCUUCUUGCAUUACUCUACUUCAUCUCUUGAAACCGUGCAAACCGUCCGACCAAACCGGCAUCCGAAUAACCCGUCACCCGAACUAACCGUUGAAGCAAACGGACGGCGGUGGGUUUCAUUUUUCCACCCGCGGUGGUCACUCGGAUUUGCAUUUUCCAACCGAAAUCCGACCGAACCGUCCGAUUGUCCAGCCCUAGUAGUAACCGAUGUGGGACUAGACUAUAUCCAUGUUUUCAUAUCAGUGAGGUUCAACUAGUAUGCCUCUAAACUUUUGCAAAUUUUUUUAUUCUUUGUGAAGUAAUAACACAGUUUCACUUCCACUUCUCCUUCUACCAAUCUCACCUUGCUUCCAUCACAGGGCUAUGUAUUCCUUACUCUUGCAGGUUAUAUCUUCUCUAAUUGUGUUCAAAAGGAGAAGAAAAAAAAUGAUAAUAAUCCCUAAUAAAAGGGUAGUUUUCAGUGGUGGAGAUACACGUAUCAAAUUGUAAGAGAUGUAGGAGGAGAACGUGUUGGGCAUAUGGAUCUGAAUGCAGGUUGUUGGACAUUUCAAAUUUUAAAUUUCACUGAUGCAGGUUGUUGGGCAUAUGGAUCUGAAUGAAGAACAACUUUUUAAUGAGCUGUUCAAAGCUAGACGUGGACAUCCUACAUAUGGCAAAUACCGAAAUUGGUGUGAUAUUGCCUUAUGGGAGGAAAUUGUGAAAGAAUUGGGAAGACAUAGUCCAUAUAACAAUCCCACGAUAACCGACGUGUUGGCAGUUGUCUACAAAUAUUAUAAGGAGUAUAAAGAUGACCCUAACUUGAUUCAGAAGCGGUUGAGUCAAUCUCUCAGGUUGAAUAUUCGUCAAGUGUUUGACUCCAUUACUGACAAAUAUGGCUCUUUAACAUUUGAUGCCAUUGAAACAGUGCACAGUAUAAUUAGGCCGCAAAGCAGUCUGAGUGGUGAAACCAUAGAGCCCCAAAAUUAUUCCCAGGCGUUGGAAGAAUACUUUAAGGACAAGGCGAGAAGGAUACUUCCCUCCACAUCAGAUAGAGGGGGAAUUAGAGAGUAUAAGAAGGAGAGGGGUUAUGGGGGGCUUCUAGCACUGCAAUAUGGUGAAGAUUUGGCUGCUCUAGGAAUUACUGAUGAACUGAAGGUUUGGUUUCUCAGACAUUUUAAUUCAGACUCUGUUGAAUAUGUAUCUAUGGCAAAUUUCCCUCCUGAAUCAAGACUCAAUUGUCUUCUGAAACUUCUUGAACAUCCUACACAAACCGAAAGUUCUAGCCACCAGUCCUCCAGUGCUAAGUCUUCUAGAAGAAGAAAAGAACCAAGGAUCAAUUCCUAGGCUAGGUUGUUAUACCCUCUCCGUUUUUAAUAAGUGUAUGUAUCUUUCUCAGAAUAUAAAUGUUAAUAUUAAUAUGCUUUUGGCUAUCAAAUCAUCUAAUGAUCUGAAAAUCAACUUUAAAAUGUCUUCAGUUACUAAUCUUUUACAAAGUCUUAUUUGUACAAAUUGCCUUGUAAAACUUAAGCAGAAUUGUAUGCGUGUUAUUGGUAUUAUGUGGUGAUAUAUUUACUAGAAACUUGUUGUUAGCAGCUGUAUGGACCAUGAUCUGAUAUAUAAGAUGAAAAGCAUACAAUUCCAUCCAAAUUAUUUGGCGGACUCAAUUUUCAUCUUUAGUUUGGGAUUUGAAUUUCAAAUUCCCUCCAUUAACCUAUUUAAUUGCAAUACGGCUGUGAGUGCAACCGCCUGCCUUCUUGCCCCUAAUAAAUGCUGUUGCAAUUCCUAAGCUAUUUACAACCUUCCUUCUCCUUAAUAACUGCCUAUAUAAUAGUAACUCUGCUAAACAAGACAGAUGCAAGUAAUUGUUUGUUUACGGUUUGAUUGAAUCAUGGCCAACAAUGAUAUCUGAUCGAAUUUUGUUUGUUUUAU